CGCCCAUGUGAGGAAACAUUUUUCAUGUUUUCCUGAAGUUUUCAAUGUUUUUAUCAAAAUACGUGUCGGUACACUUGUAACUUCUGUAUCUCGUACCGUCUGGCAAACUUGCAGAAUGGCUGACAGUGAUGAAUCAUGUGACCGUAACCCUUCCCCACCCAAGGAACUUAUGACCAAUGCGGACCUGAUCCAUGCUGACAAUAUUGGUGACACAGUCUUCAGCAAACACUGGCUGUUUACAACUCUGAUGAAACUGAUCGAGGAGGUUGACAAACACGAAGAAAAAACUGAUGAAGAGCAAUCUGAGUUUGGUUUCGAUGUUGAUGAAGAUUUGCAAAAUGAGCUUUGUAAAUUAUGGGAUAUGUCGAUGAACAGCGAUGUCAGCAAGUUCUUGCAGGAAUUCAAGGCCGUUGAUAUUCUGACAAGUCUGAUAGUGAAGUCUCGUGCACCAAGAGUAACGGAAAUUGUUAUCGGUAUCCUUGGCAACAUGGCCUGCAAUGAAGAGAUUUGUAAAGACAUGACCAGGAAUCAAAAGUUCAUAGAUGUUGCACUUUUUCUCCUUGAGAAUCCGGACACAGAGACACUGCUGGAAACAACGAGGUUGCUGUUCACAUGUGUGUCCUCAAGCGAGUCGCGUGCAGUUUGGACGGCGGCCAUCAAAGCCGAUGAGAAAACCUUCACAAAUAUAAAGUUUAUCUUAUCAAGCUCAACCAACACUGAUUUGUUGAAGAACACGGGGGAGCUACUUGACAAACUGCUCGAUGUGGAUGAGACAUUCUGCAGCCUGUGGGGCAAGGAGGACCUCGUCUUUGCAAUUCAGGAGGCUAUGAAACAAAUUGGGUACCGUGUGUGUGACGCGCUCGACACGUAUCUCCACAUCUAUCAACUUCUGUCGACGACACAAGAGGGCGUCGCCGCACUCAUUGCCAACUGCGAUGACGUGUUUGCAUCACUGAUGCGUUUCCUGGUGAAUAUCUGUGAAGACGAGAUCCUUGGUUUAGAGGGCAGAGAAGGAAGCCUCGCAUCGGCUAUUUCUGUCCUCAACGUCCUCGGCAUGGUAGAUUGUGAUAAGUUUUCACUCGUUAGCGAAGAUCACCAUUUCAUGAGAUGUUUACUGAAAAUCCUCGAGGCCCUAUACCCUCGUAUCGAAGCAAAGCGGAAGUUGAAAGACCAAAGUAGCGCCACGCAGCGAAAUAGAGACACGUCGUCAAAUUGUGGGGACGGCCAUAUAGAAAAUGGUCAUGAUUCAAAAAGUGCGGAAACAAAUCAAAUGGAAUAUAAUGUAAACAAUGUGUCAAAGUCCGUGGAUAAAACAACUGAGUCGGUUCCUUCCAGUUCCCAGGGCAAUUCAAAUUCAGACCCGUUGCAGGAGCUGACCUUUGACCAUGUGACCUCUGAUUUUCUUUAUAGUAUUAUUCAGGGCUUCUUGGUGGAUAUCGUCAAAAUGUUGCAGUCGAUGUGCCUUUGUUCGCAAGAGCAGAAUUCUGACGAGACGACUGCCCCAGCCAUACUGCACUACCUAGACGAUGACUGUCCUCGGGGGCGAAUACACACAAUGCUCAGAACAUUGGAAGAGGCUGAAAAAGGGCAGGAAACUGACUUUAUCAAAAUCACACGUGAUCUUGCCAGGAAAUAUGAUUUGAACAGACUCAGUGACAUUGAGGAGGAUGAUAGAUGAAUUCAGCUAGAUUCUUUUUUACCGGAUGUGUUCAUUUAAGGAAUUUACUCUGCAAUGGCGGGCCUGAAUUAAUUCAACAUCGGGAGGGUGGACCUACAAUGUGGGUCUGAAAUAUCAGGCACAUUGGCCAAAUGUUUGCAGCAGAAUUUGAGCUCCACCUGACGUGUUCAAUUUCAGUACUACUCCGACACCCAGCAGUGCUGUGUAAAUUUCAAUUCUAUCAAACCUGAAAUUUAACCAGUUCGCUCAAAACAGAAAAAAUCUGUUCGGCCAUGGCUCCGUUUUGUCAAAUCCAACACAGCAGGUGCAUCUUGACCGUGCCAGAAAUGCAUUUUGGAAUUCAUGCGCGGCAUCUAACGUCGUGAUUGAGAGUAUUGAAAGUGGAAACAUUUUGCAGUCGACAUUUUGAGAGACGCUGCGCUACGACGGGGUACGCACCUUACAGUAUUGGUUGGGGAAUGAAGGGGGAGAAGCAUGAGACUUUGUAUAUUUCUACAAAUGGUGUAAAUGUUUCUAAAAAUUGUAAAU